AUGUCUCAGCUAUUCUACCUCUAUGUGGCCAUUAGGGAGAGCUAUCGAAAUGAGAUCAAAGCCAAUUGGAGUAUCUACAUCUACAGCCUCCUCUAUGCCUACUUCCAGUACAUGGAUCUCUUCUUUCACGCAAAAUCCUCCACAGAGGCGAUGAAGGAGUGCCGGAGAACGGGCAGGCUGCUGCAUAGAUUCCCAACAGUUCACGUGGAUGGACGCCUCAAGAAAUCCGUGGACAUUUUCUCCAUUCAGGUUGUUCAGAAUAAAUUGGAUAUUACAAUUUGUGGCAUGUUCCCGCUGGACUCCACCCUGAUUGCCUCAAGUGUGAGCUCCAUUUUGAGUUUCCUCAUCAUUAUGAUCCAAUUCGACUUGGCAGUGUGA